AUGUUGACUAGCCUAACCGAUCCCGAUUUGAUCGAUCAAGUCCGGUUUUGCUGUAGUGCAACUGGCAGCACUACGACUGACCCGGGAACCGCCGACUCUCGGGCUCCGGCUUUCACGACGAGUUCCACACAAGCGCGCCUCUUUACCAGCAGCACUUUACCGGAAGAUAUUUGUCAACGUUUUGCCUAUCAACUAGUAGCGGAUUAUCUGGCACCGGAUCUAGCUGAUAGAUUGCGAAGUCAUCUUCAUCUGGACAAUGACUGCGUUGAUGAGACAGCAAGUAUCACCGGUGAUGGCCAUAUGUCUGCUGCGGACGGAUACACAAAAGAAAACCAGGAACCACUGUUGAUCAACCGGAAGUCACAAUCCACACAACCUACCGAGGAUUAUUCGGAAGUUCUCAAGAAAAGUGAACUGGACAAACCGGUGGAGGUCAGCUCACUUUCUUAUCUGUACUGGUGA